CUAUUUUCACUUUUUGAAAUUCUUUUUCCUUUUUGUUGUUCUGUGUGAGUUCCACUGCCCUUUCUUCUAGAUCACUCAUUCUUUCUUUGCUUCACCUAGUCUGUUUGAAACCCUCUAGUAUAUUUUUCAGUUCAGUUAUCCUAUUCUUCAGCUCUUUGACUUCUGUUAGGUAUUUUCUUAUAUUUUCCAUUUCUUUGUUGAAGUUCUUAAUGUGUUUAUCCAUUCUUCUCCCAAGUUCAGUGGACAUCUUUAUGACCAUUAUCUUCUACUCUUUAUCAAGCAAAUUACUUAUCUCCAUUUCAUUAAGGUUUUUUUUUGAGGUUUUAUGUUGUUCUUUCCUUUCGAACAUGUUCCUCUGUGUCCUCAUUAUGCUCGACUCUGUGUUUGUUUCUGUAUAUUAGGUGAAACAGCUACCUUCCCAGUCUUGAAGGAGUGGCGUUGUGUUAGGAGAGGAACGAUGUCUUUCAACCUCACCCUAGGUCUUGGUUGUCUGUUGAACCUUUGUGAUUGUCCAAGCAGCCUGAUUUAUUCCUGAUAGUUCCCAGUUGUUGACGGUGUACCCAUUAUCUAUCAGUGUACCAAAGGGAAGUAUCUCAGUCAGUACCUUGCUUCAGGCUGAUGGGAAGCCAGACCCUCAGACAGCUUUUAAAGGAUGCAAAUAGAUACAGUCCUGUGGGACUGCAAUCAUAAACCCUGCUGGAGACCUGGACUUGUCUUUUGGGCGAAAGUUGCAAGAAUUGGGGCUUCAGUCGUGCGUAUAAGCUGUUUUCUGUGAGGUAGUAGAGAGCUGUAGCACAGCCAAGGGACAGUACAAAUAUGGUGUUUCCCAGCCUGUGUUCCCUGAGAGCAGUUUUGUAGUCUCUAGCUCUGUGUAGCAAGCCUCAAUUCUGCCCCUCAAGAUAAAAUUAUAGGACAAGUAAAUUGUCCUUUUUCACAGAAAGAUCUGGGGUAUGUUUCAGUCUGCUGCCUGUUGGUGCCUUGGGGAUGGUAGCCUGCCACAACUGUCUUUCCUAUUGUUACAGUCCUGUGGGACCCAAGAAUGCAAGCGCCUUGGCCACCAGAGCCAGAUAGAUGAUCAAGGAGUGUCCCCUGUGUAUACUGCCCAUGGCUGCCAGCUUUAAUGAGGCAGCAGGAGAGCUCAGGGCUGGGGUGUGCCCACCAGCUUUUGCAGGGCCGCAGGAGAGCACAGGGUCAGGGCAUACCUGCUAGCAUUAUCACGGUAGAGGGAGAGCAGAAAACUAACCAGCUCCUCCGCCCCCCCCUAGAGAGUUCCAACAGGCCUCUGUCCCUCUGGUGGUUGCUCUAAGACGAGCAAAUGAAUCUUCUUCACAUGUAGUCUAGGCAUUUUCAUACUGCUGCUUUUGUGCCGGUGUCCAGCGUGAGUGAAUCUGCACUCAAGCCCUUUAAGAGAAGUAUCUCAGCUCCCUGCAGCCCUAUGGGUCUCCUGGAUAUGAGCCUCAUUGUUUUCAAAGCCAGAUGUUUUGGAGGCUUGUCUCUUUGUUGCAGGUCCUAAGGGUUGGGGUGCCUGAUAACAGGGCAUGAACCGCUCGCUCUUCAGGGAGAAGCUCUGAAUUUGUGAGAUCCCUCCCAGUUGCGGGUUGCCACACUGUGAUGAGGUUUUUGGUGAGACUGCCUCUGCUGUCUAUCUUGAUGUGGCCUUUUUACUGUUUGCCCUUUUACUGUUUGCUGUGCAGAAGUUGUUUGGCUAAUUUUUAGGUCUUUUUCAUAGGGAAUUGUUCCAUAUGUAGCUGUAGCAUUGGUUUAUCCAUGGGAGGAGGUGAGUUUAGGAUCUUUCUAUGCCACCAUCUUGGACUUUCUCCUUCCAUUUUGUUUUCUAAUAUGGUUAAAUGGAUAGAUAUAAGUAGUGACCUACUGAAGCCCGUUCUUACCAGCUCGAGAGAGCCAGUGUUGUUAAUCUCUUCUUAAAUCUUUAUUCAGAUAUCACAUUGCUAGCUUGAAACUAGCCACAUUGGGAGUAUUUACAUCAUGGAAAUGAGUUGAAGCUACAAAUUUGGCAUUUUUGAUGGUAAAGGAGGGAAAGCUGGCUGUUGAAUAUAUGCCAUUGCACAACUAGAUAUAAUACACAUAAACAAAAGUUCUUUGGUGUUCUCAAAAAAUUUAAGAUCAAAAUGGGCUCAGGGACCAAAAAGUCUGCUAAUCAUAAAUGAACUGCUGGUAGUUACUUUACUGUACAAGUUCAACAGCAAAGUCUGUGCUAAUAUAUGAUGAAGGAGGAUUAUCAGCCAGGUGCUUUGUCUUUAGAGCCACUUUACCAGUUUCCCCUAUGGUGUCUUCCAACAAGAGGAACUCCAUAAAGUGACAUGAAGUCAUAAGGUAUGUCAUAUCCUUUGUGGUUGACACCCUAAGUUCAUAGCUUACUUACUUGUUGAGCGAUCAGAGACUCUCACUAUUAUGCGAAUAUAGAAAAUUAGGGAUGAGAAAAGAUUCUGGGCUUGAGUAGUUAGAGAAGUCUUUAGGGAGGAGGUAAAGCAUGAGAUGGAUCUUAAAAGUUUUUAGGGAGGUGUAUUGGCUGAGGGAUGUGGAAAAGGGGUUAAGCUUGUGGGAAGUAGAGGCAAGGUAUGAUUUUGCUGUGAAGAAUUUGAAGAGUUGUUUUAGGAAAUAAUGAAGCAGAUGGGGUUGAAAGAAAAAUCAGGCUAAGAAUUUGGAACUUAACUGGAUAGAGCAUAACCAGUACUGUAUAUUUUAAAAACUGGAUCAAAUGUUAAGGUGAAAGAGGUCUUUUACAGAGAUUAAUCUGGCAGAUCUGUGUAGAUUAGCAGGGAGUGGUCUGAAGCCAGGUAAACCUGUUUUAAUCAUCAGAAAGGAAGGAUAGGGUGAAGAACCUGGGCUACUAAUUCAGAAAGACUUUGGUUAAGAUCCUUCUUCUGCCACUCUGUUAUUUUCAGCUCAUGGAUAAGAUGAAGAUAACUAGCUAGUUGGGUUGUAAGUAACACAAAGGCAUGAAAGAGUUUAGUAAAGGUUAGGUGCCUGGUACUAUGCUAGGACCUUCAGUGAGAGGUAUUAUCAAUGCUACUUUUGCUACUACUACUUCUACUGCCACUACUUUUAUAAUAAUAUUUGAUGCGCUAUAAUGAAGAUUGAAACUGGUGAACCAUAAGUAGAAAUAGGAUGUAGAAACCAGGCCCAUCCUUAACACUAAUGGGUGCAAGAGUAUAAAUGAAAGUUCACUCAUUAUAUUUCUGAAUAUUUAAAUGCUACAAAUCAGUUAACUGUUAAAUAAAAUGUGCUCUACCUCCUAAUUUGACUGAUAUAGCUUUGUAAUGAGGUGGAUGAUCAUUUAGAAUUUACAGAUUUUUUUAGGAGUUCUGUUCUAGAAUAUAGUGGCCAAAGGAGAAUUGGCCUUCUGUCACCUUGUUCUUCUCCUGUAGUCUACCUCCUUUUGCCCAUAUCCUAGGUUCUUUGCCAUAGCAUGUCCCCAUGCCUAUUUCCCAGGCAACCUUGCCUCACCCCUUGCAAGCUAUCUCUUGACUGCCCCUUGGGCCUAGAGGUGGGUUUGCCUGCACCCCUGUCUGCCCUGGGGACGAUACUUCAGGGCUCUGUAUGUAAAUUUGGGAUCCUGGGAAUCUGCUGUGGUAGAGUGCUGAGGAGUCAGAGAGCAUGCCCUGAACUCUGCAGACUUCUCACUUCAAGAAGAAGUACCUGGCCAGGGGGCCAAAGUGGGGGCCAAAGUGGGUUCUCUAAAGUGUAAGGCCCAGGGCAGUGACUCUUUUUGCCUGGGUCUCAGGAUGGUGCUGGAAGGGAUCACCUGACAUGGGUGACAGAUCAGCAGGAUUUGUUUACUAUUAGUUGUGGAGUAUGAGAAAAUGAGCGUGCAAAAAAUGAAUACCAGGAGAAUUAUAAAGCCACUGAAAGAGUUAGCAUAGUAUGUGGGAGCAGAUGAGGUGGGACCUGAAUACAAAAAACUGUUUUGCUUGGCACUGAAUACCUAAUCAACUGCUAGCAUAUUGCCAAGCACAUAGUAUUGAGUCAAUAAAUGUUGAAGGGCAAGAUGAAGAUACUUGGAUUAUUUGUGCCAGGGAUGAGAAGAAAGUCAUUGUAGAAUAUAGAAAGAAACAAGAAAAUAAGUUCUUGUGGGGCCAGUGUAGAGUUUUGAGGGAGGGUGCAUCUUGCUGUGAUUGGCAUGGUAGUGAGUGAGCUACUUGUGUGUGUGGACCGUGUAUAUUUAAUAUUUGUAUGUGUGGCGCCUAGCAUAGUUGCAAUUCUUUUUUAAAUAAGUGAUUGAAUAAUAUUAUAUGAGAACAGCCUUUAAGAAAUUAAUUGGAUCUUAAAGUUAAAAUGAUUAAUGGCAAAGACAACUUGUAUUAUUAGUGAUCUGACAUGGAGUCUGAGAAACAUGUAAUAAUUCAAGACAUGAAGAGAUCCUGAGCAAUUGUGUUAGUUUCAGAAUGAGGUGGUGAAGGAUGUCUUCAAAGAGGAGAUUUUACUUGUAACCUGUUUGGAGAGGAGUAGAGGACACAGAUAACUGUAGAUUAGCUUGAAUUUUCUUACUUGAUAUUCACUCAAAUUAAGUACAGGUGAGGGUGGUUGGAGAAAAGAAUCCAAGCUAAAGGACUUGGUAGAAUUAUCUUAGAAACAUCUGAUUAUGGGCCACUUGGUCAUUCUGGCAUUUUAUGGUAGAGAAUACAUUGAGUUUGGCUCAUGGAAAGAAUAUGAGAGACCAUCAUGCAGACAUCAGAGACCGGGUCGGACACAGGUUCGACAGUGACUUUACAGACAUCUGUGGCUAGUCAAGCAGCAGUGCCUACACAGGUGGUACAGCAAGUACCAGUACAACAACAGGUGCAGCAGGUACAGACUGUGCAGCAGGUACAGCAUGUCUAUCCAGCUCAGGUGCAGUACGUGGAAGGAAGCGACACUGUCUAUACCAAUGGAGCAAUCCGAACAACAACUUAUCCUUACACAGAAACGCAGAUGUACAGCCAAAACACUGGAGGGAAUUACUUUGAUACUCAAGGGAGUUCUGCACAGGUGACUACCGUGGUCUCAUCCCACAGUAUGGUGGGCACUGGUGGGAUUCAGAUGGGCGUCACGGGAGGACAACUCAUCAGCAGCUCUGGAGGAACCUAUCUGAUUGGCAAUUCAAUGGAGAAUUCUGGUCACUCAGUGACACAUACCACUCGGGCUUCCCCAGCGACAAUUGAAAUGGCGAUUGAGACGCUGCAAAAGUCUGACGGUCUGUCCACUCACAGAAGCUCUCUUCUCAACAGCCAUCUCCAGUGGCUGUUGGACAAUUACGAGACAGCAGAAGGAGUGAGCCUUCCCAGAAGCACUCUUUACAACCACUACCUACGACACUGUCAGGAACACAAACUGGACCCAGUCAAUGCUGCUUCUUUUGGAAAACUUAUAAGGUCAAUUUUUAUGGGGCUACGAACCAGGAGAUUGGGAACCAGAGGAAACUCCAAGUACCAUUACUAUGGGAUUCGUGUCAAGCCAGAUUCCCCUCUUAAUCGUCUGCAAGAAGACAUGCAGUAUAUGGCUAUGAGACAACAACCCAUGCAACAGAAACAAAGGUACAAGCCUAUGCAGAAAGUGGAUGGGGUUGCAGAUGGUUUCACAGGAAGUGGUCAACAGACAGGCACAUCUGUUGAGCAAACUGUAAUUGCCCAAAGUCAACAUCAUCAACAGUUUUUAGAUGCAUCUCGAGCACUUCCAGAGUUUGGAGAAGUUGAAAUCUCUUCUCUGCCAGAUGGUACUACCUUUGAGGAUAUCAAGUCACUGCAGAGUCUUUAUCGAGAGCACUGUGAGGCAAUAUUGGACGUUGUUGUGAAUCUUCAAUUUAGCCUGAUAGAAAAAUUGUGGCAAACAUUCUGGCGCUAUUCUCCCUCUACUCCAGCUGACGGCACUACCAUUACUGAAUCAAGCAAUCUGAGUGAAAUAGAAAGUCGACUUCCGAAAGCAAAGCUGAUAACUCUGUGCAAACAUGAGUCUAUCCUGAAAUGGAUGUGUAACUGUGACCAUGGGAUGUACCAGGCUUUGGUGGAGAUUCUCAUCCCCGACGUCCUUAGACCUAUUCCUAGUGCCUUGACCCAAGCCAUUCGAAAUUUUGCAAAAAGCCUUGAAGGUUGGCUUUCCAAUGCCAUGAACAAUAUUCCACAGAGAAUGAUACAAACCAAGGUUGCAGCUGUAAGUGCCUUUGCCCAGACUCUGCGAAGAUACACGUCGCUCAAUCACCUGGCCCAGGCAGCUCGUGCAGUGCUUCAGAACACUUCUCAGAUCAACCAGAUGCUCAAUGACCUCAACCGUGUCGACUUUGCCAAUGUCCAGGAGCAGGCUUCCUGGGUAUGUCAGUGUGAUGACAACAUGGUUCAGAGACUAGAAACAGACUUCAAGAUGACUCUUCAGCAGCAGAGCACCCUGGAGCAGUGGGCUGCAUGGCUUGACAAUGUGAUGAUGCAAGCACUGAAACCCUAUGAAGGAAGACCCAGUUUUCCUAAAGCUGCCAGGCAGUUUCUGCUAAAAUGGUCUUUCUACAGCUCAAUGGUUAUUCGGGACUUAACCCUACGCAGUGCUGCUAGCUUUGGCUCCUUCCACCUGAUCCGUCUGCUCUACGACGAGUAUAUGUUCUACUUAGUAGAGCAUCGUGUUGCUCAGGCAACAGGAGAGACACCCAUAGCGGUCAUGGGUGAGUUUGGUGAUUUAAAUGCUGUGUCUCCUGGAAAUCUGGAUAAAGAUGAAGGCAGUGAAGUGGAGAGUGAAAUGGAUGAGGAAUUAGAUGACUCUUCAGAACCUCAAGCCAAAAGAGAGAAAACCGAGCUGAACCAGGCAUUUCCGGUAGGCUGUAUGCAGCCUGUUCUCGAGAGUGGCGUGCAGCCAAGCCUCCUGAAUCCAAUUCACAGCGAGCACAUCGUCACGAGUACUCAGACUAUCAGACAGUGCAGCGCUACAGGAAAUACCUACACUGCAGUCUAAAGAAUAUUAGAACGUAUUUUUCCAGCUAACAUUAACCCUGUUGAUAUUGGGCUUAAGUUGAAAUUUUAAUAAGCCUGAAGGUCAACGGUUGUCAAAUUCUCUGUGCUGAACAUUACCUUUUUGGAGUUGUGAAAUGGAAUGGGUGUAUGUAUUUUGCCAGGUCUUUUUUUUUUUUUUAAUGUAAACAAAUUAUUUGCUUCUUAAUAAUGAGGUUUUUUUCCCUUAGUUUUGGGUGUCAAGAAGGAUUUUUACAACACUUAAUGUCAAUGUUUUUGUUUUCUUAUAAUUAAAAAAUAAUUUACA